AUCCCAGCUUCCGGUCUUCGAGGAAGAGCUAGCAGCAGUAGCACAUAGAUAUUCCUUCUAGUUUCGUUGACAUUAGACACAACACCAUGGCCGAUAAAGCGCAGAUACAAGAUGCAAUUAAAACACAGGGAGAAGUAGUGCGGAAGCUAAAGACAGAGAAAGCAAGCAAAGAGCAGGUCAGUAUUCACGACGUUCAGUUUUAUUGACAUUUGGUGGAAACGUAGACUCUCGUGCCAUAUCCGAUAAGCUAGCGGUAGCAGUGCCAAGACACCGGUCUCGACGGUUCUCUAUCAGAUGAAUGAAUCGCAAAAUAGCUAACUAGCGUUAGUUCAAUUAGAAGUGGCAUACAUGUCAUGGCCAUUGCGAAGUAAAUAAUGAAUUAUAUUCUGAUGCACGCGGCUAAGGUAGCUGAUCAUAGUGACCCAAAUUAUUCAGCAAAAAAUAGCUGUCAGGCAUCACGGCUGAUGAUGCAAUCUCCCUGCAAUUUGGCAUAAUUAGCAAGAUAGCUGUCAUAACAUGCGCAAUUGUUAGUGGGCUGGUCAAUCGUUGUACAUUUGUAUUCCAGCCUGUGUGAAUACAUAGUUCCUUUCAAUGGCAGAAUGUUGAGCUUCUUGCACUGAGUCUGUCUCCACCUUUAGUCUCUCUAUCCUCAACUGUAUUGUUCUCUCUACCUCUCUCUGCCUCUCUCUCUGUGUUUCUAUCUUUUUCAUUUGAUUUGAAUGCCAAGGGGCUGGAGCUCAGACCUUCCUACAUCACUGGAUCAGGUCGUGUUCAGUAGGACACACAGUUUAAUUAUUUUGUUUUUAUAUCCAGAUUUGUUCCUCGUGAACACGGCCCAGUGCUUGUCUGGUCCAGAGAUAGGCCUAGUUCUGAUUCCAGGGGUAAGUUAAGUCCUGCGCCCACCCAUGUCUAUGGGCUGUUAUAGGCCAGUUAGUUGGUUUAAUUCUGGGCUGUGAUUAGGCUUGAUGGUUUGAUUGACCCCUGCAUCUCAUGUUUUGUCCUCCAUGUUGUGAUGAUGCGUCAUGCCUGCCCUCCUCCCUAGUGAUAGGGUUGCUCACCAUUUUUCUCCUGUUCUUCCUGCUUGAUGCCAACCACCCUGCUGGGGCCAAAUCUACGUCCAUCAUCAUCUACCUCCUCCACAUGUCACUACUUGGGAUCCAAACACUUCCACUGGAUAUUCCUGGAUAACCCCUCACCUGUCUCGGUGGAUGUUUUUUCUAUUGGACUGUACUGCUGAUGUGAUGCCGCACUCCUGAACGGCCAUUUUUGGUUGUUUUUUUUGGUUGCUUUUCCUGCUGCAAUAAAUACCCUGGGUAUGGCAUCCCUGCGUCUGUGUGCGGGGUUGGCGGGCCAUCGGUCUCCAUUGUGUGUCCGCUCUCUGCGCACCCUUUCUGGGAUGACUGUGUCUCAGAUUGAUGAGGAAGUGGCCAAAUAGUUAAAGCUGAAGGCUCAAAUUGGAGGAGAUGAAGGCAAACACCAAUUCACGCUCAAGACUGCUAAGGGCACCAGGGACUAUAACCCUAAGCAGAUGGCCAUCAGAGAGAGAGUCUUCAACACCAUCAUUCGCUGUUUCAAACGCCACGGAGCCGAGACCAUCGACACGCCAGUCUUUGAGCUGAAGGAAACGUUGACGGGAAAGUAUGGGGAGGACUCUAAGCUCAUCUACGACCUGAAGGACCAAGGAGGAGAGCUGUUGUCCCUUAGAUAUGAUCUCACUGUGCCCUUCGCCCGUUACCUGGCCAUGAACAAGAUCACCAACAUCAAGCGCUACCACAUCGCCAAGGUCUAUCGCCGUGACAACCCUGCCAUGACCCGCGGCCGCUACAGGGAGUUCUAUCAGUGUGAUUUUGACAUUGCAGGCCAGUACGACCCCAUGAUCCCAGACGCUGAGUGCCUGAAGAUUGUCCACGAGAUCCUGAGUGAGCUGGAGCUGGGAGACUUCCGCAUCAAGGUGAACGACAGACGUAUUCUAGAUGGGAUGUUUGCAGUGUGUGGUGUUCCAGAUGACAAGUUCCGUACUAUCUGCUCCACAGUGGACAAACUGGACAAGAUGUCGUGGGAGGAUGUAAAGAGUGAGAUGGUGAAUGAGAAGGGUCUCUCUGAGGAGGCAGCUGAUCAGAUCGGACAAUAUGUCAGUAUGCAGGGGGGAAUGGACCUAGCUGAGCGCCUACUGCAGGACGCUAAGAUGUCGCAGAGCAAGCAGGCGUGUGCCGGCCUCACAGACAUGAAGCAGCUCUUCAGCUACCUACAGCUCUUCCAGGUCACAGACAAGGUGGUGUUUGACCUAAGUCUGGCCCGUGGGUUGGACUACUACACAGGAGUGAUCUAUGAGGCCAUUCUGACUCAGAACGGCCCGGUCAAUGUGGCGGCGACCCAGAAUGGGGCGGACGAGAAGGCAGAGGAGGGCGUGAGCGUGGGCAGCGUGGCGGGUGGCGGGCGCUAUGAUGGCCUGGUGGGCAUGUUUGACCCCAAGGGCAGGAAAGUGCCGUGUGUGGGGGUCAGCAUAGGCAUCGAAAGGGUCUUCUCCAUCAUGGAGCAGAAGGCUGAGGCAUCGGCGCAGAAGGUGCGCACCACAGAGACCCAGGUCAUGGUGGCCUCGGCACAGAAGAACCUCCUAAACGAGAGACUCAGACUGACCGCUGAACUGUGGAACGCUGGGAUCAAGACUGAGGUGAUGUAUAAGAAGAACCCCAAGCUGCUGAGCCAGCUGCAGCACUGUGAGGACUCUGGGAUCCCCCUGGUGGCGAUCCUGGGGGAGCAGGAGCUCAAGGACGGGGUGGUGAAACUCCGAACAGUCCACAGCCGAGAGGAGAUUGACGUAUCGAGAGCAGAACUAGCAGAGGAAAUCAAGAAAAGGACCGCAGAUGUCUAAGUCAUGGUUUUUGCCUGACAACAGCACCCUGGGUCGUGGCCCUAACAGGUCUCACCGCUGCCUUCAACUGUGGAAUUUGUUCCACUCAUCCAGGCUGCUCUCAUUAUAUUAAAGGCAGUGGUUUCAUGCCAACUACCCAGACACCUGCGCAGCCUCAAGGACAAUGAACAUAAGACACUGUUGCAAGUCACUGCAUUACAGCUUCAGUCUGAGCACCAAGGCCCUGUACAGAGCGCUGAGGACCUGCUGGGCUGUAGCUCUGCGAGCCUCUUCCUGUAUGGCUCCAGGGGUGGGGCCGGGCAGAGUCUGCACCAUCCCGGUGAAGGGUGUGGCCAGCCCCGGAACAUACACCCGGUAGCUGAAGCACAGGAACCCGUCAGGCCCCAUGUGGCGGUACUGCAGGUCAUAGAGGGGCUUCCCCUGCCCGUACACCUCACACACACCCUGGAGCAGGGCUGCUGCAUCCACAGGAGGCACCGUGGUCACCUCCCUGGGGGAUUCAGGAGCAGUGUGCACCAUGGGAGGGGGUGCCCUCACAGCCCGGGAGAAGGCAGGGAGCUGACGCUGGGCGAGGCGCAGGGGAGGCCGGGGGCUGUCGAGGAGGGAGCAGCGGGGAGGUUUGGGAGAAGGAGGAGGCGUUUUGGAGGGUCUGGGAGGCUCUUCGUGCUUGGGCCUAGAAGAGGACUGCCACUUCAAAGUGAUGGCCAGCCCAAAGCGUUUCUUAAAGGCUGCAGAGAGGAGAAAAAGCAAACGGAACACAUUAAAGGUCAGAUGGGAGUAUUUCAAAUGUAAGAGCUGCUAACAGAAAGCUGUGUGCGCUGAUCAGUACACUGAAUCUCCAUGAGAACCCUGGCCUACCUUCAAUCAGCACCUUCUUGGCCAUGGAAGCUGCAUGGUGGGAGGCAUAGACCACCACUGCAGACAUCCCCUGUUCCCGAGGUCCUGCUCUCAGGGACACGCCCUCUACCCCCUCAGAGAUGUCCAGCAGCACCUGCAGCAGUUGCUCCCUCCUUGUGCUGGUGGGCAGCUCCCCAAGACAGAGCUGACGUUUCUCUGUGCUGCGCCGUACACUGAGGCGUGCCCCUGUCUCCAGGGCACGGCCAUGCAACGAGCGGAUGGCGGCAGCGGCCGAGACAGGGCUGUCGUACUUGGCGUAGGCAAAGCCACGGUUCUGUCCGCUGAAGUUCAUCAUGAGGCGGAACUCCCAGAGAGGGCCCACCGCACGGAACAGCGGAAUCAGCUGGUCCUCGAAGACAUCCCGUGGGAUCUGGCUGAUGAACACCUCACAGCCCGGCCCAGGGGGGGCACCAAGCCAGUCUAACCACCAGAGGGAGCAGUGGAGUCAGGAGUGGCUUUAACUUGCAAGUUAUUUUCUCCCUAGCCUUUCUCCUAACUUUUUGAUGUUUACAAAUCUGAAGGGUAAUGGAGGAACUUUUUCCACUUUACAGAUCAGCAAAAAUCGGAGGUGCCCAGGGACGUAUUCAUUACACGGAUUCUGUUGCAAAAGGUUUCUUAAGCGGAGGCAAAUGGAACAGUGAGGGACCUACCAGAACGUUCAAUAGAAACGGUUUGCUUUAGUUUGCUUCUGUAAUGGUUACGUAAUGAAUAAACCCCUGGUGAAUUUGCCUUAAUUCCAAUUGGCUUGCCAGUCUUUUCACUGUA